UAAAGGUGCUCCUCACCUGCUGCAGCCUCACCCAGCGCUGCCCAGAGCGAGAGGAAGAUGAAGGUGGCUGUGCUCAGCGUGGCCCUGCUCUUCUCCAUCCUGCUGUGCCCCCCGGCACAGGCCAAGGCACUCCUGGAAGGAACCCAAGAUGAUCUCCGGGAGUUGGAUUUAGACAAUGUUGCGGUCCUGGAGACGCCUCUGGUGGGUACCACGAGUUCUGCCGGUGUCAGACCCUCCCCUUGCCUGGCCACCCCAGCCCAGGCCAUCCCAGUUGGUCCCAGCACAGCCCAGUGCAGCCCUGCUGACAGCCCAGACAACGCCCUGCCCCAGGGCUGCUACCCAGGGAAGCCUUUGCCCAGGGCCCCUGCUGCAUUCCCAUCCCUGUCACCCCAGGAGCCCCUGGAUGAGCCAGGACACAGCCCCUGCCCCAGCUGUGCCUCCUGGCCAGGAGCCCUGUGCUUCUGGGCAGGAGCACAGCAGCUCCUGCACCCCAUUGCUCCCGCAGCCCCUUCCCCAAGGCCCCCCCUGCUCUCCCCUGCCUCCCAGACCCACAGUGUGUCUCUAAUGCUGCCUUUAUUCCCAGUCCACUCUGCAUUAAGUGUAGAAACAGGUGUGUUGUUUUCUGGGGCAGCAGGACCCACCUGCCCCAUGACGAGGUGA